AUGGCUAUGCAAUCAGCUACGGUUUUGGCAGAGGAAAAUGGACGUUUACGAGCUGAAUCUGAACGUCAAAAGAAGAAGAAGACUGUGCGACGUCAAUAUAUUGCUACUGGGGGUGUUCUUACAGGUCAGGAAGGGAGGGAACUUAUUCAAAAUAGUGAUAAUAUGGUUUUGGAUGAAGCUGUGGCCCCGCUAAUUGAACCACGAAUUCGUGCACCACGAACCUGUAGUAUAUGUAGAUCACUAG